CUUUAAUAGCACACCACGUCCAUAAUGAAGUGUAUUUAAAAAAGGAUAAAAACAAAGAAAAAAAAAACAGAAAGCACCCCACAAAUCACAAUAUAUCGUCACCAAUUUCUGCAAUAAGCUCUUCUAAAGUUCCAACUAUUCCUUCCUCUCUCCUUGUUGCACCUCCCUUUGUAUGAUAAAAUGAUAAUAAGGCGUAACUGAUACAAUUUCCAUAAUAAAUGCUUUCUUCCUCAUUUUCCUACCUCCAUUAUUUUUCUUUCCUUCUCAAACAAAUCAUAAACAAAAUAUAUAUAUAUAUAUCAACCUAGAAAUAAUGGUAUUUACAAAUAAUAACACCUCCAUUAUCAAUAACCCAUCUUCAUCUUCUCUUCAAGAAACUGACGACAUUUCUCUUUUUCUCCGGCAAAUUCUCCACCGUUCAUCUUCAUCUACAUCACCACCAUCUCAACCGUUCACUGCUGCAUCUUCAUCAGUUCCUUCCAUGAGGUCGCAUGCAGUGGAUCAACUCCUUUCUUAUGGAACUCCAACUCUUCUAAACCAUAAUAAUAAUAAUAUUCCCGGUUCAACUCCAUCUGCUGUUUUCUCCGGUUCAGACCGUCUUUCUGUUAACCGCGUCUCUCAUGACACUCUAAACGGUGUCGUUUUGCCUCCUUUUACUCUCCCUACUGCUUCGAAUUUGUCGUCUGAGUCACUUUCUGGUUCGGUUCAAUUGAGAAGCUUUGAGAACAACGACUUUGUUGAAGAUAACGACUGUGAAAGCGAGGAAGGGAAUGAAGUGGUGGUGGGAGACAUGGAAAUGAAUCAACAAUUGUCGCGAAAUCAGUCGAAGAGAAGUAGAGCUGCUGAAGUUCAUAAUUUAUCCGAGAAGAGGAGGAGGUGCAGGAUUAAUGAGAAGAUGAAAGCAUUGCAGAAUUUAAUUCCUAAUUCUAACAAGACUGAUAAAGCUUCAAUGUUGGAUGAAGCCAUUGAAUAUUUGAAGCAGCUUCAGUUGCAGGUUCAGAUGUUAUCAAUGAGGAAUGGAUUGAAUCUGCACCCAAUGUGUGUACCUGGAGGACAAGGAAUUUUGCACCCUUCUCAACUUUCUCAAAUGGGGAUUGAUAUUGAUAAUGGCAGUGGUUCGUAUGAUAUAAACAUGACAACUGCACUUAAUACAAUACCAGAAACAUCAAACACUAUGUUGAAUCUCUCCAACCAAAGUACCUCCUCGUUAAGGCCCUACUUACCCAUUGUUCCCCCCACUAUCAACUCAGAGGCUAUGUCAUUUGACCCCGAAUCAUGUGUGCCUGCUAAUUUUAGUUCCUUUCAACUUCGUAAUUCUCCUCAGGUCGCUGGGGAACGAAGCAUACAUCAUGAGAGAUUAGUGGCCAAUAAUAUCGAUGAUACAGAGUCUUUAGUGCCGACAACCACAAGACUGGGACGCAACCCUGUCGAAGAACGGAUGCAGCAAAAAAAGGGGCCGGAGGAGACCUUUCUUGAGAAUGUUUCAGGACAGAAACAGAGCCAGAACCAGCUGAUUGCCAGUAAAUUUAAUUGCUUGCAGCAUCUAGUGGCGCCCAAAUGACAAGCUGACAACUAAGGAGAUGGGCGCAAAAAGGCGUCUAGUAUGACAAACUUAGUCGUAGGAUAACAUUUUGACUUGUAUGUAUUUACUCUACUUUUUAUUUCUUGUUGAUAUUUAGCUGCAAUAUUGCUGAUGAAACCUCUUCCAUAAGUUUGUUAAGAGAAUCUAAUUUCACUUCAACACCUUAAUUAAUAUAAUCUAUUGGGAUGUUCAGUAAAGUUCUUUGAUACUUUUGAAGGAAUACAAUGUGUCACAUGCUGCA